UUUAGGUCAGACCACCGCCACAUACCCCAAAUUUAUUACCCUUCUCUUCCUUCGUACUCACUCGUCUCAUUGCUAAGCUACCCAAUAUUAUUAAUAAUAGUAUCGUAAAUUUUUUUUACUCAACCUGUUCAGUUCACUUCCUUCUCUUUCUUGCUUUGGUUUUUUGGUUCUUCCCUUUGCCUUUUGCAGCAGGGGUAGGUUGGUUUCCUAUGUACAUGCAGUUUGAGUUCCAUUGAUUUUUUCUUUCAUCUUUUGAUUUUGCUUUCUUGGGUUUUGGUCAAAGCUGGUUUUGGGAGGGAAAACUCGUGUUACUGGUACUGACUUCAUGGUUACAUGAAAUCCUUUCAUGAUCAUUAUGAGUUCACUUGUUUCUCUCUCCCUUUACAUAUCUACCUUAGUUAUUUCCCUUUGCUUUCAUCUUCUUCUUUCUCCAGCCUCUUCCUUUCGCCAGCCGCAGCCUCCAAACUCCCCUGACUGGGUUAGCAUUGAAGCCCCAGCUCUCUCUUUGUUUCCCAUGUUUACAUGUUCUCUGAUUAAUUUAACAAUGGUACUGGUAUUGGGUUUUCAACAGGUUCCAUCUUUUGAGGAGAAAACAAGGUUGGGAUCAACUCCUCCAAGCUGCCACAACAAAUGCAACGGAUGCCAUCCUUGCAUGGCAGUCCAAGUUCCUACAUUACCCAGCCACGACCGAUUUCAACCAGGUUUAAGCAAGGCAAUCACUAAUUCCAUGCAGUUUUUUGACCCAUCAGGUAACCAAUACUCCAACUACAAGCCUCUUGGUUGGAAAUGCCGCUGUGGUGAUCGCUUUUACAACCCUUAAAAAAAUCUAAUUACUGUUCAUUGGUUUUAAGCUUUUGAUUAUUAUAUAUUGUAAACCCUUAAAAAUAAAU